UCCCACUCCAUGACCAGUGCAGGUGCCGUCAUUUACAAGUUUCCAACUACCACAGCAAAGAAGUCCGAGUCACAACUUUCAGUGCAUCACUCACCCGAUAGAAAACCCCGAUCUGGUACGGAAUGCAAUAACGAUUCUGAUUCCUUCCGAUUCCGAGAAUUUCUGUUCACGACAUCCCCAAACUCUCGCCACUUUCCCAGUCGCGCCAGUCUCAGGAGAGUCCUACCGUACUCAAAAUGUCGCGCCACCAGGCAGUCCGCAACCUUGACUAUGAGGAGGCUCUUGACGAGUAUGAAGGCGAGGACGACUUUGAGGAGAACGAGGCCGAUCAGCUAAGCCCCGAGGAUCGCGAAGCUAUGAACGUAGGGACCGCAACAGUGCAAAGCGCACUCGGUCCUGACGGCGACAAAGUGACUGUGCAGCAAAUCCAGGAUGCGCUGUGGUACUAUUACUACGAUAUCGAUAAGACGGUGUCUUACUUGCAGAAGAAGUUUAUUGCACCACCGCCAGCCCCAAAACAGGAGCCCAAGAAGGCCAAGGAUGGUAAGUUACAUUUCUAUACGCAUGUUACUCAUGUUUCAUGUCAGGCAGCGGCAGGAGCAGAAAUUGAGUGUUCGGCAGAUGGUUUUGGUCUUGGGGGCAUCAAUGGUGAGAUUGCGGAUUACGACACGACAUCGACUUCAGAGUAUCCCAUUCGGAGGGUGGCCUCUCUAUCCCCGUCUUCCUUUUUUCAUGGAAUAUCUUGGAUCAACGUGCCCAGCAACCGAACGGCUGUCUUUGUUCCACCCCGUCCUCUCCCAGGUGGCCUGCUUGGUGGCGGCGAAGGUCCUAAGCUUUCCAAACUGCAGGCAUUGGCUGCAGCGCGGAAGAAGAAGACGGCGGACGCGAAAAGGCCAGACGAUCAAGUUGAUCGAGCGGAGAAGAGAAUGUCGACUUUGGCCCUUGACGAGACCUCAAAGGAAACUCAGAGAUCUGGUUCGAGCAUUCUUUCCAAACGACAGAAGCUGGCGGAAGGCUCUACCUCGGGAUCUCGAACUUCAACGCCUGUCUCGCAACCGCAACAAGACAAAGCUGCCCCAAACCCGGUCGGCAUGGACCUUGGCCAGUCCCGUACUUCGUCUGCUGGAGGUGGGGAGGAGGCUGAGGAUGACCGUCUCGUGGUGUCAUCAAUAAGACCAUCUGCCUUCGCUCAGACACUUUUUGGACCUGCUCAUAAUGCUGCCGCCGCCACCCCAACCUAUACUCUGCCGUACAUGGACUCUUCCACCUUUGUCCCUAGUGCUUUUUCCCAGCCGAGCCCUGAUGACAUCGUACUCGCUGCUCAGGCGAAAGCGGGCACCAAGUUCGACGCUGCUGCUGCCAAGAGCGCCACCAAGAAAGUCGUCACCAAACCGACAGGUUCCCAGACACCUACUGGAGAGAUGAAGCAGCUUCAACUCGACGAUUCGGCGGCACCGAAAAACAAGAAGCUGGAUGUUCUCAAGGAGUUCGAAAAGAGCGAGAACAAGAGAAGCGCCAGCUUCGUGGUAGUCGGCCACGUCGAUGCCGGAAAAAGUACCCUGAUGGGCAGGCUGUUGUUGGAGUUGAAAUAUAUUGAACAGCACCUCAUCGAUCGCUACCGACGACAGGGCGAGAAGAUUGGAAAGUCGUCAUUUGCCCUUGCAUGGGUGAUGGAUCAGCGAGAAGAAGAGCGUGAGCGGGGUGUGACCAUUGACAUCGCUACGAAUCAGUUCGAAACGGAUAAGACACGAUUUACUAUCCUCGACGCCCCGGGCCACAGAGACUUCGUACCCAACAUGAUUGCAGGAGCCAGCCAGGCAGAUUUUGCGAUCCUCGUCAUCGACGCUAAUACGGGAGCCUUCGAGAGGGGCUUGAAAGGGCAGACCAGAGAGCAUGCUCUUCUGCUGAGAAGUCUGGGCGUGCAAAGAGUCAUUGUUGCUGUCAAUAAGCUUGACAUGGUUGGCUGGUCAAAAGAUCGAUUCGAUGAGAUCGCGGAGCAAGUCACCGGGUUCAUGAAGGGCAACGGGUUUCAGCUUCAGAACGUCACCUUUGUGCCCAUAUCCGGACUGAGUGGUGCCAACCUAGUGCAGCGGCCGGAUGAUGAAGGUCUUUCAUGGUACAAAGGGCCAACAUUGAUUGAGGCUCUGGAAGAUUCUGAUCCGAUGACGAGGGCGCUCGAAAAGCCUUUCCGGAUGUCGGUUUCGGAAAUCUACAGGACACAACAGAGCCAACUCACUGUGGCUGGUCGGAUAGAGUCGGGCACGGUACAGAAUGGCGAAUCGUUGAUUGUUCAGCCGAGCGGAGAGGCAGCGUCAAUACGAUCAAUCGAAGUGGAUGGCGAGGUACAGGACUGGGCUGUGGCAGGACAGAACGUCAACAUUGGCCUGUACGGCAUCGACCCGAUCCAUGUGCGCGUGGGCGACAUCAUCAGCACCAAGGCGGCGCCUAUCGAGACGAGCGACACCCUGACGAUGAAGGUGCUGGCUUUUGACCACUUGAUGCCGAUGCCUGUGGACGUUCAUCGCGGCCGGUUGCAUGCGGCGGGCAGAGUGGGGGCGAUUCCAGCUGUGCUGGACAAGCUGACGGGGGCGACGGUGAAGAAGAACCCUAAGAUCGUGCAGCCUGGCAAGGUUGCGCGGGUCGUGGUCAAGUUGGAGUCCAAGGUGCCGUUGGAGGCGGGGCAGCGGGUGGUGCUAAGAAGUGGCGGAGAGACAAUCGCUGCAGGGCUGUUGGAGUAAACGGUGCAGAUAUCAACAAAAAGCAACAUGGCAUGGUCCUUAAAUAAGGAUUUUUAAAAGGAUGUGGUGAUGACCGUGACACGAUACUUGCAAGCAUGGGCCCGCGAAAGAGUGCUCGCAUUGAAGCUCGAUUAGAGUUGGGUAACGAAGAUAGAG